GCGCGCAGGGCUCCUCUGCUGCGAUUCCGGCUGCGGCGGCGGCCGUGCAGGAAGGGCCGGUUCCUGUGCUCCCCCGCCCCUUCCCUCUGCCGCGGACGCUGACGUCGGAUGAGGGACCUGCAGGGACGCUCCGACCGCGGCCCCGAGGCUCCUGGACGCCGGGGCUCCGAGGUUUAAUAUAACGUAUCCUCUUGUGCUUGUUCCCUGCCUCUUCUCCCCAGAUCAUCAACAGUAGAUAAAGAAGACAAAAAUAUGUCAGGCCACAAAUGUGGUUAUUCCUGGGACUUACAGGAUCGAUAUGCUCAAGAUAAGUCGGUUGUCAAUAAGAUGCAACAGAAGUACUGGGAAACCAAGCAGGCCUUCAUUAAAGCCACCGGGAAGAAGGAAGAUGAACAUGUUGUUGCCUCCGAUGCAGACCUGGAUGCCAAGCUAGAGCUAUUUCACUCAAUCCAGAGAACCUGUUUGGACUUGUCUAAAGAAAUUGUACUUUAUCAAAAGAGGAUAUGUUUCUUGUCUCAAGAAGAAAAUGAACUGGGAAAAUUUCUCCGAUCCCAAGGCUUCCAAGAUAAAACCAGAGCAGGAAAAAUGAUGCAAGCCACAGGAAAGGCACUCUGCUUUUCUUCCCAGCAAAGGUUGGCCUUGCGCAAUCCUCUGUGUCGAUUUCACCAAGAAGUGGAGACUUUUCGGCAUCGGGCCAUCUCAGACACGUGGCUGACAGUGAACCGCAUGGAGCAGUGCCGGACAGAAUACAGAGGGGCGUUGUUAUGGAUGAAGGAUGUGUCUCAGGAGCUCGAUCCAGACCUUUACAAACAAAUGGAGAAGUUUAGAAAGGUACAGACACAAGUACGCCUUGCAAAAAAAAAUUUUGACAAACUGAAGAUGGAUGUGUGUCAGAAAGUGGAUCUUCUCGGAGCAAGCAGAUGCAAUCUCUUGUCUCACAUGCUAGCAACAUACCAGACCACUCUGCUCCACUUUUGGGAGAAAACUUCUCACACUAUGGCAGCCAUCCAUGAGAGCUUCAAAGGCUAUCAGCCAUAUGAAUUCACCACACUAAAGAGCUUACAAGACCCUAUGAAAAAGCUAGUUGAGAAAGAAGAAAAGAGGAGGAUUGCCCAGCAGGAUACCACGGAGGCAGCAGGCCAGGAGCCAAGUCAAUUAAUUUCAUUAGAAGAUGAAAACCAGUACAAGGAAUCCUCCAGUUUUAAUACUGAAGAUGGAAAAAGUAUUUUAUCUGCUUUAGACAAAAGCUCUGCCCAGGAUGUAUAUUCAGGACCUAUGGAUGAACUGUUGGACAUGAAACCUCAGGAAGGUGCUUGCCUGGGCCCGAUGGUGGAGACCCCAGAACCUGACAGUGCUGACAAGGAUGACUUGCUGCUGUUGAGUGAGAUCUUCAACGCUUCCUCCCUGGAAGAGGGGGAGUUCAGCAAAGAGUGGGCAGCUGUGUUUGGAGACAGUCGGCUGAAGGAGCCCACAGCGACUGGGGCCCUGGGAGAGCCAGAUGCCAAGUUCCAGACAGGCUCCGGAUUCCUCCCUUCACAGCUUUUAGACCAAAAUAUGAAAGACUUACAAACCUCGUUACAAGGCUGGUCAGAGAGCAAUGUCAGUCCUCCUCCUACUCCUUGGCCAGCACCAAAGACAAGCAAUCCAAAUGACAAGAGCCCUGCAUUGAAAGAACCUGCCAAGGCUGCCUCAGAUCUGACUGCCUGGUUCAGCCUCUUUGCUGACCUCGACCCCUUAUCAAAUCCUGAUGCUGUUGGGAAAACCGAUAAAGAACAUGAAUUGCUCAAUGCAUGAGUCUGCAGCCUUCAGGAGGGAGGCCUCACCCCACUCCACUCCCCAACACUGUACCUGGGCCAGGCAGAAGUGUAACGUGAUCAGUAUGCUGUUUUAAUAUUUACGUGCCAUUUUAAUAAAAUGAAAGGGUCAAAGGCCCUUAUAUUGGUUUGAUCACUCUUAUUUGGUGUAAAGGGUUUUAAUAUAUUCUUUGUGUGGAUCUAAAAAAUGUCCAGGAGUGGUGUCCAUGCCACUGCUCUCCUGCUGACAUCCCAUCAUGUCACUGUGGUGGCACAGGCUACUGUAAGAUCCAAGUUCAAAUCAUGAGCCUACUGUUACAAUUAGGGUUACAAUAAGUCCUCGACUUAGGAACAUUUGAGUUGCAAACUUUCACGAGUGUACUGCAAGGACUCAUUUUGUUGGAUACAAAUGAAUCCGACUUAUGAAUAAUUCCACCAGAAUGGAGCUCAUUUGUAAGCCGGGGACUUACUAUAAUAUAUCCUACGGUCCUCAGAAACAGCAGGAGGCUAACACAGUUUAAUGCCCGCCCUGUUCCAAGGGAAGGGAGCUGCAGGAAGAGUCUCUCUUUCUGUCACACCACUUCUCAGUGCACUCUGGAUGAAGCUGGCUCCACAUCCACACAGCACUUGCCCACAGAGCCUUGUGUCAUCCCUGGAAGAGGAACUGGGCUUCUCUCCACUGCACAAGCCCUUCUAUGGAAAGCAGCCAUAUCUACAGAUAUCAGUGUCUCUUUUGUCUUCAUGGUUUGAAUUCAGAAGCAUGUAUUUCUGGAACCUCCUGUGUCUUUUUUUAAUUAAACAGAGAAAACAUUUGACAAGGAAA